AAUAUGAUAAUUAUAAUGAUAAUAAAUUGUUUCUUCUCCACAGGAUAUCGAGUUAGAAGAGAUUGUACAGAGUUCACAAGUAUAUCCUGCCUGCCCUGCACUGAUGAAACCUACAUGAAUCAUCCCACUGGACUUAAACAGUGUUUAACCUGUGGAAACUGUGAUGCAGGUUCUGGUCUGCAGAUAAAGACAUCAUGUACAUCAACAUCAAAUACAGUUUGUCAACCACUGGAGGGAUUCUACUGUAUGGACCCCACAGAGGACGGCUGUGUGAAAGCACUGAAACACACAAGCUGUCAACCAGGACAAUACAUCAGACAAAAAGGAACAGCUCUCAGGGACACUGAGUGCACUGACUGCAGUGAUGGAACAUUUUCAGAUGGGACAUUUACAUCUUGUCAACCACACACACAAUGUGAAUCACUAAAGCUUCAGCUGAUCAAACCAGGAACUGAUUCAACUGAUGCUGAAUGUGGAGAACAAAGUUCACAUGUGAGAAUAAUUGUGUCCUGUGUGAUUGUGGUGCUUUUUUUAUUAAUUGGCAUAGCUGGGUUAGUUUACUUCAGAAAGAAGAAAUCAGAAAAAAAAGAAAAUGCAGACAUUCCCAAACAGGAAAAAACAAAUGGAGAAACGUCAGAGAUGCUAACCAUAUACCAGACAGCAUCAGAAGAAAAGGAAAAUGCAGACAUUCCCAUAGAGGAAACUGGAGAUGGAAGCUGAGAGAUGCUAAACAGU